GUACUUUUUCUUCUCAUUCAUUUAUAAAUAGUCCAACUCAAUUCCACUUCAAUGCAUCUUUUACUUUAAACCAAUUUUUCCACAAUAACAUAGAAGAAGAAAAAUGACACACAAAGUUGUUUUGUCUCUCCUCCCUUUUCUCAUGCUCUUGUUGAUUAAUGGGCAAGGAAGCUCUGCUCGAUAUAUGAAACAUGAGCAAGAGAAUGUAGAAGAAAAACACGCUUAUCAGCCUUACCUUGAUGGUUGGCUCAAAAAUCCAUUGAAGAAUCAAAAACUCAUCCAUGACUCCAACCAAGUUUAUCUUGAUGGAUGGUUGAAAGAUACCCGAUCUGAGAGAGAGAAAUCCAUCUCUGACUCCAACCAAGUUUAUCUUGAUGGAUGGUUGAAAGAUACCCGAACUGAGAGAGCAAAAUCUUCCCCCGAUUCCAACCAAGUAUACCUUGAUGGAUGGUUGAAAGAUACUCGAGCUGAGAAAACAAAACCAAUCGCAGACUCCAACCAAGUUUAUCUUGAUGGAUGGUUGAAAGAUAUUAGAGUUGAGAGAGUUAAGUCCACCCCUAACACAAACCAAGUUUACCUUGAUGGAUGGUUGAAAGAUACCCGAGCAGAAAAAACAAAAUUCACCCCUGACUCCAACCAAGUUUAUCUUGAUGGAUGGUUGAAUGAUACUCGAGCAGAGAAAGAAAAAUCCACCUCUGACUCCAACCAAGUUUACCUUGAUGGAUGGUUGAAAGAUACUCGAGCUGAGAAAGUAAAAUCUACUGCUGACUCCAACCAAGUUUAUCUUGAUGGAUGGUUGAAAGACAUCAGAUCUGAGAAAGCAAAGUCCACGCCUAACUCCAACCAAGUUUACCUUGAUGGAUGGUUGAAAGAUACCCGAUCAAAAAAAGAAAAAUCCACCUCUAACUCAAACCAAGUUUACCUUGAUGGAUGGUUGAAAGAUGCCCGAACUGAGAAAGCCAAAUCCACCUCUAACUCCAACCAAGUUUAUCUUGAUGGAUGGUUGAAAGAUACCCGAGCAAAGCAAACAAAAUCCACCCCUGACUCUAACCAAGUUUACCUUGAUGGAUGGUUGAAAGAUACCCGAUCUGAGAAAACAAAAUCCCCAUCUGACUCCAAACAAGUUUAUCUUGACGGUUGGUUGAAAGAUACCCGAGUUGAAAAAAUAAAAUCUCCCUCUGACUCCAACCAAGUUUACCUUGAUGGAUGGUUGAAAAAUAUUCGAGCUGGGAAAGUGAAAUCCACAUCUGACUCCAACCAAGUUUACCUUGAUGGAUGGUUGAAAGAUAUCCGAGCUGAGAAAGUGAAAUCCACAUCUGACUCCAACCAAGUUUACCUUGAUGGAUGGUUGAAAGAUAUUCGAGCUGAGAAAGAGAAAUCCACCCCUGACUCCAAACAAGUCUACCUUGAUGGAUGGUUGAAAGAUACCCGACCUGAGAAAACAAAAUUCCCAUCUGACUCCAAACAAGUUUAUCUUGACGGUUGGUUGAAAGAUACCCGAGUUGAAAAAAUAAAAUCUCCCUCUGACUCCAACCAAGUUUACCUUGAUGGAUGGUUGAAAAAUAUUCGAGCUGGGAAAGUGAAAUCCACAUCUGACUCCAACCAAGUUUACCUUGAUGGAUGGUUGAAAGAUAUCCGAGCUGAGAAAGUGAAAUCCACAUCUGACUCCAACCAAGUUUACCUUGAUGGAUGGUUGAAAGAUAUUCGAGCUGAGAAAGAGAAAUCCACCCCUGACUCCAAACAAGUUUACCUUGAUGGAUGGUUGAAAGAUACCCGAUCUGAGAAAACAAAAUCCCCAUCUGACUCCAAACAAGUUUAUCUUGACGGUUGGUUGAAAGAUACCCGAGUUGAAAAAAUAAAAUCUCCCUCUGACUCCAACCAAGUUUACCUUGACGGAUGGUUGAAAAAUAUCCGAGCUGGGAAAGUGAAAUCCACAUCUGACUCCAACCAAGUUUACCUUGAUGGAUGGUUGAAAGAUAUCCGAGCUGAGAAAGUGAAAUCCACAUCUGACUCCAACCAAGUUUACCUUGAUGGAUGGUUGAAAGAUAUUCGAGUUGAGAAAGAGAAAUCCACCUCUGACUCCAAACAAGUCUACCUUGAUGGAUGGUUAAAAGAUACUCGAAACUAG